AUGCAUCUCGUUAACGUUGCUGCUUUUGCCUGCACUGUACUCAGUGUUAGCGCAUUCGAAUUCCCGGACUUUGUCCCUCUGCACCGGCGCCAGGAUCCCGGUACUCCUGCGUACGAAUGUCACGCCAACUGCGGUGGCGUGAUUACCGCCGGCCGUACUGAUGGGUACUGUGAUGCCGCCACUUUCAAGACCGAGUUGAGCGAUUGCUUGAAAUGUGCCCUUGAGUUCGACAUUUGGAAAUACUACGGUAAUUCUGUAUCCAAGGCUGCCACUGCAUGUGGAUUGGAUGCCACCCCGGUCAAAGUGUCUUCCACCUCGACUGAAGCGUCUUCCACCUCGACCGAAGCGUCUUCCACUUCGACUGAAGCGCCUUCCACCUCAGCCGAAGUAUCUACUACCUCAGCCGAAGAGUCUUCCACCACUACAUCUGUUAGUGCUACCACUACGGAGUCUGCUGAGGAGAGCGUCACUUCCGCUGUGACUACUGGUGUGGUGACCUCGGCUACUGGUACUACGGUCGCCUCAACUUCCGUGAGCCCCCCGCGUGUUUCUGGUUCUUCUCGCCCAUCGUCAUUGAUUCCUUCGGUAACACCUACUGGAAGCUCGACUGCUAGCACCCCUUCCUCGUCUCCCGUCUUCAAUGGUGGAGUUACGAUGAGUGCAGGUAAUGGACUUGUAUCUGGUGCUUUCGUUGGCUGCCUUAUUGCAGCCUUCCUGUAA